AUGACGUCAGAUACGGAUGUUAAAAACGUGGAACGUGGGAACUGGUCUGGAAAACUGGAUUUCUUCAUGUCGUGUGUGGGAUACGCUGUUGGACUUGGAAACGUCUGGAGGUUUCCAUAUCUUUGCUUCAGGAACGGCGGAGGCGCCUUCAUUAUUCCGUACGUUGUGAUGCUCAUCCUAGCCGGACUGCCAUUGUUCUUCUUCGAGCUGUCACUGGGUCAGUUCGCCUCUCUCGGACCCAUAUCCAUAUGGAGAGUCAAUCCAUUGUUUAAAGGUGUUGGUUUCGCGUCUGUGCUGAUCUCCGGCAUGGUGGCCAUCUACUACCAGGUGAUCAUCUGCUACGCCAUGUUCUACACGGUCGUGUCGCUCACCAGCCUGGACGGAGGUCUGCCCUGGAUGGACUGCCACAACCCCUGGAACACGCCGGCGUGCGCGCGGGAGGCCAAACACGAUUUCAGGAACUUGACGGACGUGCAGAAACUAAACGUUACUCUCAAUCACAUGGAUCACACGUGCAUCAACAAAAGCCUGAUCUCACUAAACAUAUCUCACGGAAAUCUCACUUAUGACCUGCUAAAAAGCAAUCUCACAUCAUGCAACGACACGGCGAGCUGGCGACUGGUUUCCCCCAGUGAAGAAUAUUGGACGAGAUUUGUUCUUCGUCUGCAAGAAGCAGACGAUUUCCGUCACGUAGGAGACAUCAGUUUGAAACUGGCGUUCGUUUUGGGAAUUUCCUGGAUAAUAUUGUUUUUCUGUCUCAAGAAUGGGGUGAAGACUUCAGGAAAGGUUGUGUAUUUUAUGGCAACGUUCCCGUAUUUAAUUCUGAUAUCUCUUCUGGCACGAGGACUCACCCUCGACGGCUAUAUGGCCGGGGUCAAGUUCUACAUCAUCCCGAAAUGGGAUCGACUGCUGGACGUUGCCGUUUGGAGGGAUGCAUCCACCCAAAUACUGUACUCUCUGGGACCAGGCUUUGGAAGUCUUCUGAUGAUGGCCAGUUACAACCCGUUUAAACAUAACUGUCACAGAGACGCCAUCUUGGUGUCACUGAUUAACUGCGGAACUAGUGUGUUUGCGGGCUUUGUCAUCUUCUCCGUCCUUGGUUACCUCGCCCACAUCACCAAUCAACACAUAGAGGACGUCGCAGUUGACGGUCCUGGACUGGUGUUCAUGGUUUACCCAGAAGCCAUUGCGCGUAUGCCGGUGGCUCCACUUUGGGCGUUUCUCUUCUUUUUUAUGCUGGUGUGUCUGGGCUUGGAUUCACAGUUCGCCAUGGUGGAGUCUAUCAUCAGUGCUAUCAUAGACGAAUUCCCCACCACUCUGCGUACGAAGCGCUCACAAUACACAUUCACAAUACACAUCCUGGGCUUCGCCUUGGGACUGGCUAUGGUCACCAAGGGCGGAAUCUGGGUGUUGACUCUGAUGGAGGGGUAUUCUGCAAGCUACUCGUUGAUGUUUGUCUGUUUCUGUGAGCUCAUCGCUGUCUCGUGGAUAUAUGGAUUACGACGGUUUUGUGACGAUAUAGAGAUGAUGCUGGGGUUUCAACCCAGUAUUUACUGGAAAGCCAUGUGGCUGGUGAUUUCUCCACUCUUUAUUCUUGCCAUGGUUAUUCUGUCCCUAGUCCAAUACAAACCAGCAUACUACGGUGACUACGAGUUUGAGAGCUGGGCACAGAAAGUUGGAUGGGGAAUGGUGGCACUUCCGGUAGCAGCCAUCUUACUUGGAUUGCCAAUACAGACUAUCAGAUAUGGGUCUGUAAUAAAAGCUGCCAAAGCAGUGCCAAAAUGGGGUCCCGCGUCUACUGAACACAGAACAAAUAAAUACGCAGUAUUAAAUGAAGGAUUUGAAUAUGACAACAUCACUAUGACAACACAGACGCUGAAUAAUGGAUAUUUCACAAAAGACGGAGCUACAUAUUAUAUCGGCAAUGAGUCAGUCACGAAGUUCUAAAGAUAUUUGUGUUUUCUGACAGACGUUUUUGUGACAAAAACUAUCAACACGUUAAUAGCAAACUAUGAUAUUGGAAAGACAUAAACACAUUGCGUUAUUUCCGUUAUUAC